AUGACUACGUACCAAUCGUCCUCUCCUCUCCGCCCUCGAACACACGCUUCUACAUGGCCAAUCGAGCCCAACUCUCCCGCGCGGCACCGGAGCCAAUCGCUUCCGCACGACGACAACUACGCACCGAACGCGGACGGCCAUGGCUUUGUUGGCUCUGCGCUCUGCUUGGAGCUGCUCUGCCGCGACGCCUGGCAGGUGCACUCCCUCGACCUCCACGCGUCCUCCGCAUGUGCUAGCUGCGACGACGACGACUAUGGCCACGACGACGGCGGUGGCCGGGAGCAGCUAGCGGCGAUCGAUGGUGGCUGCAGCGUUGGUGACGACUACGGCGACUACGACGGUGGCAGCGAUGAUGACCACAAUGACGAUGAUGACGGCAGCGAUGAUGACCGUAAUGACGACAGCACCGACGACGAUAAGGAUUCAACCAAGUACCCAUCACAGGCUCUAUCUUCUUGGAGUGUCAAGGACAAUGGCACAACCAAUGGGGCAGUGCCUGGCUUCUGUCAAUGGAACGGUGUGACCUGCAGCAGACGAGCACCGGGCCAUGUGAUCGCCUUGCAACUGCGAGGCCUUGGUCUCUCUGGAGCCAUCUCGCCACAAGUCAGUAACCUAACUCGCCUUCGUGUGCUUGAUCUCUCAAACAACAAGCUAGAAGGUGAGAUCCCUGCCAACCUCUGCAACUGCAUUUUGCUCCGCACCCUGAACUUGAGUGUCAACUUCCUGUCUGGCACCAUUCCACCAGCCAUUGGCCAACUAUCAAAACUUGUUAUUCUGAAUAUCCGCCAUAAUGAUAUUGUAGGAAAUAUCCCCUUCUCACUCAGAAACCUCACAGCUCUGACUUUGCUCAGCAUGGGGACGAACUCCAUGGAGGGCCAAAUCCCACCGUGGAUCGGCAACUUUACCGCACUGGAAGUUUUAAAUUUUGAAACAAACAGCUUCAGUGGGAAUAUACCUCAAUCUCUAGAUAAACUAACCAGCCUUGUUUCUUUGAGUAUGCAGCGCAAUAAACUAGAAGGUAACAAUGAACUUCAAGCUACGGAGCCUAGAGAUUGGGAUUUUAUGACCUCCCUAGCUAACUGCAGCAACCUACAACAAUUAAAUUUUCAACUAAAUAACCUUUCAGGCAUUUUGCCAUAUAGUGUUGCUAAUCUCUCCGGAGAGCUGGAAUGGAUUCUAAUGGGGGGAAAUAAAAUUACUGGGACCAUACCUUCAGGAUUUGGAAGGUUUCAAAAACUCACAGUUCUUGAGUUGGCAGAUAACCUAUUCACAGGCACCAUACCUUCGGACAUAGGCAAACUCUCCAACCUACACAGGCUCCUGCUUUUCCAGAACACUUUUGAGGGGGCAAUUCCAUCAUCACUAGCAAAUCUCACACAACUAAACGAAUUGCUCUUGUUCUCUAACAACCUGGGAGGGAACAUUCCACCAAACCUUGCCAAUAUACAUAUGUUAGACUCCAUUGACCUUUCCUGUAAUCAAUUAAGUGGUCAAAUCCCAAGGGAGAUCUUGAGCAUCUCCUCCCUGACCAAACUGCUGAAUCUCUCCAACAAUUUAUUAUGUGGCCCCAUUCCAACUAUAGGGAACUUGGUCAGUCUUGGCGUAGUUGAUCUGUCUAGCAACAGAUUAUCUGGUAAAAUUCCAGCUUCACUUGGUAGCUGCAAUGCAUUACAAUUCCUAUAUAUGCAAGGGAAUUUACUGGAAGGGAAUAUUCCAAUAGAGCUCAGUGCUUUGAGAGGCUUGCAAGUCAUGGACAUCUCAAGCAACAACUUAUCAGGACCUGUCCCUGAAUUCCUAAAAAAUUUCCGGGAUCUCAAGCAGCUAAACUUAUCUUUUAACAACCUUUCUGGCGCAGUCCCGGAUGGAGGUAUCUUCUGCAACAAGACUUCUGUUUCACUCCAAAAUAAUAGCAUGCUGUGUGGAGGUCCUCUCUGCCUUCAACUUCCAGCGUGUGCAACACUGGCUCCCCAUGGCCAUUCAACACUUAUCCUGAUCUUUUGUAUUAUUGGAGUAUUGGUUCUCUUUCUGUGCAUAACUGCGUGCUACUACAUCAAUAAGGGAUGCAAGAAACCAAGUGAGUCCGAUCAAGGGUCUACCAUGUUCCAUACAAACAAUUAUCAGAAGAUAUCAUAUGCUGAGUUACGUGAAGCAACUAAUUCAUUCUCUCCAGAAAAUUUGAUUGGCCAUGGAAGGUUUGGCAGAGUUUAUAAAGGAACUUUACAUUAUGGUGAGGAUCUACUAACUGUAGCAGUAAAAGUACUCAAUCUUCAGCAAUAUGCAGCAAAUAGGACUUUCUUGGCUGAAUGUCAUGCCCUUAGGAGGAUUAAACACCGUAAAUUAGUCAAGGUUGUCAGCGUGUGUGAUAGCUUGACCCACAGUGGUCAUGAAUUUAAGGCAAUUCUUCUGGAAUUUAUUUCCAACGGAACAUUGGAUGAAUGGUUGCAUCUGAGCAGAAGUAACAGUACUAUGCUAGAUGGAACACUAAACCUGGUCCAGAGAUUAAACAUUGCUGUUGAUGUGGCUGAAGCAUUGGAAUACCUUCAUCACCAUAUUGAUCCUCCGAUUGUCCACUGCGAUAUUAAACCAAGCAACAUCCUUCUUGAUGAUGACAUGAAUGCAUAUGUUAGUGACUUUGGUUUAGCAAAAAUAGGGAACAUCAAACCAUGUGAAGAUCACUUGGGUGAAACAAGUUCAAUAGGAAUUAAAGGAACAAUUGGGUAUCUUGCACCAGAGAAUGGCAUGGGAACUAGAGUUUCAGUACAAGGUGAUGUGUAUAGCUACGGAAUACUGCUGCUCGAAAUUCUUACCGGAAGAAGGCCAACAGAUGCAUUGUUUGACGGGGCCACAUGCCUUCCAAAAUACGUGGAGAUUGCAUAUCCUGACAAGCUAUUAGAAAUUGUGGAUGCAGCCAUGCUACGGCACAUUGACACGAUUAGUUUAAGCACCCAAGACAUGAUGGAUUUGUUCAUUGCUCCGGUUGCAAGAAUUGGCCUAGCUUGCUGCAGGGAAUCUGCAAGCCAGCGAAUGAGGAUGGAUGAGGUGGUAAAAGAACUGUCGGCCAUGAAGAAGGCAUGGGUAGCUCAUCUCCCUACUGAUCAGUAGUAGUAAAGAAGACUCAAAACAGCAUCCAUGGUAA